CGUCUGUCGCCCGCCGCUCAAUACCAACACUACACAACCGUCAUCAUGGCCGAAAAUGAAGAUGCAAAGAGACUCAACCAGUACAAGUACUCGGCCAUGUCCAACCUGGUCCUCCAGGCGGACCGUCGAUUCAUCACGCGCCGAGGUGAUGACAGUACAGGUGAUCCCGAGUCACUUGCUGGUCGCAUCAACCUUAACGAUAUGGGCUCGCGCAAUGCCCGCGAGUCUGCACCUGCACAACCCGCCGCACAAGACGCCCAAAGGAAUCGCAAGAGAGCAGAACCCGCGCAAAGUGCCCGCGCCUCUGGCAUUCUAUCACAAGCAGACCUCAACAUUGAAGGUCUGCGAUACCGUCCUCGCACGCCGGCGACCCAAGCGACCUACACAUUGAUCAACACGCUGGUAGCGCAAAAGAUGGGAGGCGACUACGGUCUUCACAUCACAGCCAGUGCCACCGACAGCAUCCUGGAAUAUUUGAAGGAUCAGGACCUCAAAGACUUUGACAAGAAGAGGGAGAUUGACGAUAUUGUCGGUGUCAAUCUAUCUUCAAAGGAAUUUAACGAGCUUGUCAACUUAGGCAAGAAGAUCACCGACUAUGACGCACAGGACGAAGAUGAGAACAUGGGUGACGCAGAUGAUGCCGGCGAAGGCGCGGAUAUCGAUGACCGUCAGGGUGUUGCUGUCGACUUUGGUGAUGAGGAUGAGGAGGAAGGACAAAAUUACGAGGUUCGCGAUGGAGAAGGAGAUUCAGAUGACGAGAACAUCAUCGAGGACCCGGAAAACGUUGUUGAAGGAGACGCCGGUGUCGAAGAUAUGGCUGCCGAAGGCGAUGACGAAGACCUAGUUUUCUCCGCUCCGACCGCAACUCGCUCUGCAAAGGCCGGACAAGAGGACGUUAUACCCGCUCACGAAAUCGACGCUUUCUGGCUUCAACGACAAAUAGGACAACUCUACGAAGAUGCACAUAUUCAGCAAGAUAAGACAUCACAAGCACUAGAUAUGAUGUCUGGCUUGAACGAAGAUGGCGAGGAAAAGCAAUUGCGCGACGUUGAGAACGACUUGAUGGAGCUUUUCGAUUACGAGCAUCCCGAGCUGGUCUCGAAGCUUGUCAAGAACAGGGAUAAGGUCGUCUGGGUAACGAGAUGGAGAAGAGCUGGUGAGGAUGAGCCCGCUCGCGUGGCUGUCGAGCGUGAAAUGGUUCAGGCUGGACAUGGAAGCAUUCUCAAGGAGCUCAAGACUCGCCAACAAGGCACGGAUGGACAGGCCUCAGGGAAGAUGCAAUUUGAUCUCAUGGAUCUGGAUACCGCGACCGGAAAGCCUUCUGACGCUGAAGAGAAGAAGGAGGGCCUUGUUGGAGGUCUCCAACCGAGCAGAAACAUCAACCUGGAGAACCUUGUCUUCGACCAAGGCAACCAUCUAAUGACCAACCCCAGCGUGAAGCUACCGCAAGGAUCUACCAAGCGCACCUUCAAGGGCUACGACGAGAUCCACGUACCAGCACCUAAGCGUAAGCGCGAGGACUUUGAAACGCCUAAUCUGCCUACUACCGAGUUACCUGAGUGGGCUCGCAUUGGAUUUGGAAGCUCUAAGGAGCUCAACCGCAUUCAAACGCGAUGCUUCCCAACCGCAUUCAAGGACGACGGUAACAUGCUGAUUUGCGCACCUACCGGAUCUGGCAAAACGAACGUGGCUAUGCUUGCGAUGCUUCGCGAGAUUGGCAAGCACCGUAACCCGGAGACUGGCGAAAUCGACUUGGACGCCUUUAAAAUCAUUUUCAUCGCUCCUUUGAAAGCCUUGGUCCAAGAACAGGUCGGAAACUUCGGUGCCCGUCUUGCACCUUACGGUAUCAAGGUUUCAGAGUUGACAGGUGAUCGCCAACUCACCAAGCAACAGAUUGCCGAGACCCAAGUCAUCGUUACAACUCCUGAGAAGUGGGAUGUCAUCACCCGCAAGGCCACAGAUACAAGCUACACGAAUCUUGUGCGUCUGAUCUGUAUCGACGAGAUUCAUUUGCUUCACGAUGACCGUGGUCCAGUUCUUGAGAGCAUUGUGAGUAGACAAAUUCGCAAGAUCGAGCAGACUGGUGAACCCGUUCGUCUCGUCGGUCUCAGUGCUACACUUCCCAACUACCGCGAUGUUGCUACUUUCCUCAGAGUCGACAUGCAGAAGGGUCUUUUCCAUUUCGACGGUACCUACAGACCUUGUCCUCUGAAGCAGGAGUUCAUUGGUGUCACCGAGAAGAAGGCAAUCAAGCAGCUCAAGACCAUGAACGAUAUUUGCUACAACAAGGUUCUCGAGCAAGUUGGUCAGCAGCGUAACCAGAUGCUGAUCUUCGUACACUCUCGUAAAGAGACUGCGAAGACAGCAAAAUACAUUCGCGACAAAGCUCUUGAGCUUGACACCAUCGGCCAAAUCCUGAAGCAUGAUGCUGCCAGCAGAGAGAUUCUUACCGAAGAAGCUGAAAGCGUUACCAACGCUGAUCUGAAGGACUUGCUUCCUUACGGUUUCGGUAUCCAUCAUGCUGGUAUGAGCAGAGCCGAUCGUAACUCAGUUGAAGAGUUGUUUGCUGCCGGUGAUGUCCAAGUACUCGUUUGCACAGCUACUCUCGCCUGGGGUGUCAACCUUCCAGCUCAUACUGUCAUCAUUAAGGGCACUCAGAUUUACUCUCCUGAAAAGGGCAGCUGGGUUGAGCUGUCUCCUCAAGAUGUCCUCCAAAUGCUUGGUCGUGCUGGUCGUCCACAAUACGAUACUUACGGUGAAGGUAUCAUCAUCACCACGCAACAAGAGAUUCAGUACUACCUGUCAUUGCUGAACCAGCAGCUCCCUAUCGAAAGUCAGCUUGUUAGCAAACUGGCAGAUAACCUCAACGCUGAAGUUGUUCUUGGAAAUGUCCGCACUCGUGAUGAGGGUGUCGAAUGGCUGGGUUACACAUACCUUUUCGUGCGUAUGUUGCGAUCGCCAGCCCUAUACCAAGUCGGAGCAGACUAUGAGGAUGACGAAACCCUGGAACAGAAGCGCGUCGAUCUGAUUCAUUCAGCCGCCUUGCUUCUGGAGCAAGCAAACCUUGUCAAAUAUGACAAACGUGCAGGCCGCAUUGUGUCGACAGAGCUUGGUCGCAUUGCAUCCCACUACUACAUCACUCACAAAUCAAUGUUGACCUACAACCAGCAGAUUCAGCCAUCGAUCACACCUAUCGAGCUGUUCCGUGUCUUCGCUCUCAGCGAAGAGUUCAAGUACAUUCCCGUUCGUCAAGACGAGAAGCUUGAGCUCGCAAAGCUGCUUGGAAGAGUUCCUAUCCCUGUCAAGGAGACUAUUGACGAGCCCAACUGCAAGAUUAACGUCUUGCUCCAAGCAUACGUAUCUCGUCUAAAGCUUGACGGUCUUGCUCUUAUGGCUGACUUGGUCUACGUCACACAAUCUGCUGGCCGUAUUCUGAGAGCUGUAUUCGAGAUUGCGCUCAAGAAGGGUCUGGCUUCAGUUGUCAAGGAUGCUCUCAACCUUUGCAUGAUGGCUGAGAAACGUAUGUGGCCAACCAUGUCACCACUCAGACAAUUUCCAGAGUGCCCUGCCGAUAUUGUCCGCAAAGCUGAACGUAUCGACGUGCCAUGGUCGAGCUACUUUGACCUUGACCCUCCUCGCAUGGGUGAGCUUCUUGGUAUGCCCAGAGCUGGUAGACAAGUUUGUGCUUUGGUCCAGAAAUUCCCUCGCUUGGAGAUUCAGGCCCAGGUGCAGCCCAUGACACGAACCAUGCUUCGUGUCGAGCUUACCAUCUCACCCAAGUUCGAGUGGGACGAGAAUCUACAUGGCAAGUCUGAGAGUUUCUGGAUCUUGGUAGAGGACUGUGACGGUGAGGAAAUCUUGUUCCACGACCAGUUUGUCCUUCGCAAAGAAUAUGCUGAGGCUGAGAUGAACGAGCACCUUGUGGAGUUCACUGUUCCCAUCACUGAGCCUAUGCCUCCUAACUACUUCAUCACUGUUCUAUCAGACAGAUGGAUGCACUCUGAGGCACGCCUGGCAGUGUCUUUCCAGAAGCUCAUCUUGCCCGAGAAGUUCCCUCCUCACACGCCUCUUUUGGACUUGCAGCCUCUUCCUAUUGCUGCUCUCAAGCGCGAGGAGUUCGUGAACCUUUACCCUGACUGGGAACGUUUCAACAAGAUCCAGACUCAAACGUUCAAUGCGUUGUACGCCUCGGAUGACAACGUAUUCGUUGGUUCUUCAACCGGUAGUGGCAAGACUGUCUGUGCUGAAUUUGCUCUCCUCCGUCACUGGAGUCAAGGUGAUGGCAAGGCCGUCUACAUUGCACCUUUCCAAGAAGCCAUCGACGCUCGCUACAAGGACUGGCAAUCACGUCUGACCGGAAUUGCUGGUGGCAAGCAGAUCGUUAAGCUUAUUGGUGAGACCACUGCCGAUCUCAAGUUGCUUGGUGAAGGAGAUCUCAUCCUUGCCACUCCUCAACAGUGGGACAUGAUGUCUCGUAUGUGGCAACGUAGAAAGAACGUUCAGGCUGUGACACUUGUUAUCGCUGAUGAUCUUCACAUGAUUGGAGGCCAAAAUGGCUACGUCUACGAGACUGUUGUAUCUCGAAGCCACGCCAUCAGCAAGCAGCUCGAGAACGGUCUUCGUAUAAUCGGUCUCAGUGCCUCGCUCUCCAACGCCCGCGAUGUUGGUGAGUGGUUUGGCGCUAGCAAGCACACCAUCUUCAACUUCAGCCCUCAGUACCGUCAGAUCCCUCUCGAGCUCCACAUCCAACCUUUCACCAUUCCUCACUUCCCUUCUCUUAUGCUGGCUAUGGUCAAGCCUGUGUACCAAUCUAUCGCACAACUUGCCGCUGGUCAGCCCGCUAUGGUGUUCAUCCCCAACCGCAAGCAGGUCCGUGCAACUGCCAUCGAUUUGCUUGCAACCUGCGUCGCGGACGACCAAGAGGAUCGCUUCCUCAACGCCAACCUUGAGGACAUCUCUUCUGUCUUGGAGAAGAUUAAUGAACGUGCCUUGGCCGAGUCUUUGUCGCACGGUAUUGGUUACUUCCAUGAGGCCCUCAGUCCUUUCGACAAGCGUGCCGUUGAGCACUUCUUCAAGGCUGGCGCGAUCCAAGUCAUGCUCGUCUCUAGAGAUUGUGCUUGGGAGGUCCAGACACCUGCUCACAUGGUCAUUGUGAUGGGUACUCAAUUCUUUGAGGGUCGGGAGCAUCGCUAUAUCGACUACCCCAUCAGCGAGAUCCUACAGAUGCUUGGAAAGGCCGGCAGACCUAUGGAAGACAAGAAGGCACGAGGUGUUCUCAUGUGCCCUGCUGUUAAGAGAGAUUACUACAAGAAGUUCUUGACAGAGGCACUUCCCGUCGAGAGUCAAUUGCAAGCCUUCUUGCACGACGUCUUUGUGACCGAGAUCAGUACUAAGACAAUUGAGGACACUCAGGAUGCCAUCAAUUGGUUCACUUACACCUACUUCUACCGUCGUCUGAUGGCCAAUCCCAGUUUCUACGGUCUUACUGAUACGACACAAGAUGCAUUCAACUACCACCUCUCUGAGCUGAUUGAGUCCACUCUCAAGGACUUGACCGAUGCAAACAUCAUCGAGGUCGACGAAGAAGACGAUGGUUCAAUCACACCCCUCAACGCUGCCAUGAUCGCUGGUUACUACAACAUCUCCUUCAUCACUAUGCAGACCUUCUUGCUUUCGUUGAAGAAGACUACCAAGCUGAAGGGUAUCCUCGAGAUUGUCACUGCUGCAACUGAGUUCGAAGACAUUCAGUGCCGCCGUCACGAAGAGCGCAUUCUCUCGCGCAUCUACGACCGUGUACCUGUCAAGCUUGCUGAAGUCAACUUCGAAUCACCUCACUUCAAGGCCUUCAUCCUGCUGCAAGCGCACUUCUCGCGCAUGCAACUGCCUGUGGAUCUUGCCAAGGAUCAAGAGCUGAUUCUCAAGAAGGUUCUCGUCUUGUUGAGCGCUUGUGUUGAUGUGCUGUCAUCAGAAGCCCACCUCAACGCCAUGAGCGCCAUGGAGAUGAGCCAGAUGGUUGUUCAAUCCAUGUGGGACCGUGACUCACCACUUAAGCAGGUUCCUCACUUCGAUCCCGAGGUCAUCGAGGCCGUCAACAGCAACGGCAUCAACGACAUUUUCGAGUUCAUGGAUGCUAUGGAUCCUUCCGAGAACCCCAACUACGAGAAAUUGGUCAAGAGCAUGCGUCUUAGCAACCAACAAUUGGGCGAUGCCGCUCGCUUCACCAACGAGCGCUAUCCCAACAUCGAGCUCAACUUCGAGCUUGAAGAUGCUGAGAACGUCACUGCCGGCGAGCCUAGCUUCAUCAAUGUCAGCAUUGAGCGUGAUGUUGACGAAGACCAAGAGCCUAACCUCACUGUUCACGCUCCCUUCUACCCUGCCCAGAAGAUCGAGAACUGGUGGUUGGUCGUUGGCGAGGAGAGCACAAAGAACCUGCUCAGCAUCAAGAAGGUCACUAUUGGCCGCGAGCUCAAGGUUCGCUUGGACUUUACCGUUCCCACAGCUGGCAAGCACGACUUGACCUUGUUCUUGAUGAGUGAUUCAUAUGUUGGCGUUGAUCAAGCACCUACGUUCAGCGUAGAUGCCGCCGAAGGCGAAGAAGAAGAGGAUGAGGAUGAAGAAAUGGAGGGAUGAGUUAUCUAAUCAAAGCGAAAGGCGUUAAAUGGGUAGUCGUCUAAACGACAUGUAGAAAAAUUGGAAAAGUAGAUCCAUAUUCCGUUUCAAAAAUCAAGCGUUUUUGUACAUUACUGCACCUUAUGCUCCCUACUUCCGUCGCGAUUGGUGAACCAUGCAAAAAAUGCGUCUCUCUCCCUGGCCUCAUCUCUUAAUGACAAGCAGCGCUCUUGGUCACUGUAGAGUUACCAAAGACCAAGUAUCCCACAAACGCACCCACAGCAACAGACAACAUGAUCCAGCCAUUAUAAGUCAUGAAAAGUAGCAUGAUGAAAAACGAGUAAAAGACCUGAACGGCAUAGAAAGCAGC